AUGGUCAGCAGUGUGAACUCGUGGAGUGGUUCCAUUGAGAUCGGUGACCGCCUUGGACCCGUCCUCGCUGACUUCCCCAGCAGCGCCACGGGCCUCAAGGGGGGGUCCUGGGUGGUGUCUGGCUGCUCGGUGCUGCGGGACGGGCGCUCCAUCCUGGAGGAGUACGGGAGAGACCUGGACCAGCUGUUGGAGGGGGACCGCGUGGGGAUCCAGCGCACCGCGCAGGGGGAGCUGCAUCUGUGGGUGAACGGCCACGAUUGCGGCGUGGCGGCUUUCGGGCUGCCCCCCCGGGUGUGGGCCGUGGUGGAUCUGUACGGGAAGUGCACCCAGAUCACCGUGGAGUCUUGUGAGCCCCCCUCGGAGAGAGAGGGGGAGGAGGGAGAGGGGGAGGUGGAGGAGCAGAGGGAGGAGGCUGCAUUACCAGCUCCCGCAGUGGAGGAGGAAGUACCAGUGUUGCUUCAGAGCCAAAGUCGUCCAGACAAGCUCCCAAACAGCCUGGAUACAGAGAAUGAUUUCACAGAGCAGGAGCUCUCCAGUGUCGUGAACAACGCGAUCCUGUCGGCGUGCUGCGGAGGCGGGGGGAGUAGCGACAGCGGGGGGGGUCUGCUGGAGAUACCUGGGGGAGGGGUCGGAGGGGUCUCCCCGGUGGGCGGAGUCUCCCCGGUGGGCGGGGUCACCACGAACGAUGCCCUGCUGUUCCACGAAAAGUGCGGCACGCUCAUCAAGCUGAGCAACAACAACAAGACCGCGGAGCGCCGACGGCCCCUGGACGAGUUCAACAACGGGGUGGUGAUGACCAACCGGCCACUGAGGGACAACGAGACCUUCGAGAUCCGCAUUGACAAGCUGGUCGACAAGUGGUCGGGUUCGAUAGAGAUCGGAGUGACGACUCACAACCCCAAUAACCUGGACUACCCUGCCACCAUGACCAACCUGAGAUCAGGCACCAUUAUGAUGAGUGGCUGUGGGAUUCUGACCAACGGGAAGGGGACGCGCCGGGAAUACUGUGAGUUCAGUCUGGAUGAGCUGCAGGAAGGGGAUCACAUCGGGCUGAUGAGGAAAGUGGGCGGAGCGCUGCAUUUCUGUAUCAACGGCAUCGACCAGGGUAUAGCUGCCACACAGACCCCCCCCACGGUGUACGGCGUGGUUGACCUCUACGGCAUGGCGGUCAAGGUGACCAUCGUCCACAACCACAACCACAGCGACCGUCUGCGGAGGAACAACGCCAUCAUGCGGGCGCUGUCCCCCGACGUGGGGCGGGGACGCGGCGCCCUGCAGCUGGGAGGAGACCCCGACAGCGACCGGCUGCUCUUCCACCUCAACUGCGGCCAGAAAGCGGCCAUCAUCAACGAGGGCAGGACCGCGCUGCGGCCACAUGCCACGGACGAUUUCAACCACGGCGUGGUCCUGAGCGCCCGCCCCCUGCGCAGCAACGAGGUCUUCCAGGUGCGCAUUGACAAGAUGGUGGACAAGUGGGCGGGGUCGAUCGAGAUCGGAGUCACCACCCACAACCCCGCCUACCUGCAGCUGCCCUCCACCAUGACCAACCUCCGCUCAGGUACUUGGAUGAUGACCGGGAAUGGAGUCAUGCACAACGGAACCACGAUCCUGGACGAAUACGGACACAACCUGGACCGCUUGAAGGCUGGUGAUACGGUGGGGGUGGUACGGAAGGACGAUGGCAGUCUGCACUUCUUUGUGAACGGAGUGGCUCAGGGUCCCGCUGCCUGGAAUGUGCCCCACAGUGUGUACGCUGUGGUGGAUCUGUAUGGACAGGCAGCCCAGGCUACCAUCAUGGAUGACAUGGCGGAUCUGCCCCCCCUCCCCGACGAUAUCUCCGAGGGCAACAACCAGCUGUCUCCCAGCAGCCCUUGCUCAGUGGUGUCGGCCAAUGACCUUCGCUUCCAUCAUCUCCACGGCAGCAAUGCUGUCAUCACCAACGGGGGCCGGACCGCCCUGAGACAGAACUGUCGCAGCGAGUUCAACGACGCCAUCGUCAUCUCCAACAGGUCCCUGCGGGACGGAGAGCUCUUUGAAAUCGUGAUUCAGAAGAUGGUGGAUCGCUGGUCGGGGUCUAUUGAGGCUGGAGUGACUGCGAUCAGGCCGGGGGAGCUGGAGUUUCCCAACACCAUGACUGACAUCGACUACGAUACCUGGAUGCUCAGUGGCACGGCCAUCAUGCAGGACGGCAACACCAUGCGCAACAACUACGGCUGUGACCUGGACUCCCUGACCACGGGCUCCAGGAUCGGGAUGAUGCGCUCGGCCACGGGGGACCUGCACUACUACAUCAACGGCGUGGACCAGGGCGUGGCCUGCUCGGGGCUGCCCGCUGAGAAAGAGGUGUUUGCAGUUAUUGAUCUGUACGGUCAGUGUGUCCAGGUGGCCAUCACAAGUUCCUCCGGCCCUCUGGAUAACAGUCUGUCCACCUGCAACAUCACAGAGAAGAGCUUCCCCAUUCACUCUCCAGUCCCGGGGGUGGCUCACCGGCUCCACAGUAACCACGGGAAGAACGUGAUGCUGCAGAGCGAGGGCUGCCAGGCUGUGCGAGGGGGCGGAUACUCGCAUGGCAUCGUCUUCAGCAUCAAGGAGCUCAAAUCAGACGAGCUCUUCGAGGUGAAGAUUGAUGAGGUGGACGAGCAGUGGUCAGGCUCUCUCCACAUUGGACUGACCACCCUGCAGCCGGCAGACAUCCCCUGCACCUUCCCUGGCCUGUCCUCACGCCUGCUCGACCUCCGCACAAAGGUCACCUGGCUGGUCACGGGCUCAGAGGUCCGGCGCAACGGUACCCUUCAGAAACAGAACUACGGGUGCUCUCUGGAUCGACUGAGGGUGGGGAAUCGUGUGGGUGUGAAGCGAUGCAGUGAUGAUUCCAUGCACAUCCUGAUCGACGGAGAGGACAUGGGGCCAGCUGCCACUGCAGUAGCCAAGAAUGUGUACGCGGUGCUGGACCUGUACGGUCGCGUGACAGCGGUGUCAGUCGUGAGCUCCACUGUUCUGGACGAGACUGAGGGCACCAAGGUCCCCUCCCUGUCUUCAGAGAUCUGCAGUGAGGAGGAAGAGGAGCCCACUCCGUGUGAGAAUGAGGCUCCUCUGGUUCCCACCACGAUGCAGUUCCUGGAGAAUCAUGGGAAGAACAUCCUCUUGUCCAAUCAGAACCUCACUGCCACCCGCGUCUCCAGCUACAACCAGGGCCUGCUGGUCACGAACCAGCCCCUCCCCCGACAGCAGCUCUUCCAGGUGCAGAUUGAUCGCUUGAACCCCACGUGGACCUCCUCCUUGUCUCUGGGAGUGAUUGGCAGCUCUCUGGAGAGGAGCAGCUUCCCCUCCACUGCCUGCUGCCUCAAGCGCUCCUCCUGGCUGCUGCAGAGAGGCUGCGUCUUCCACAACUCACUCAAGAUCUGCGACAACUACGGCCCCAACUUGGACACAUGUCCCGAGGGGACGGUGCUGGGGCUGCUGGUGGACGCUAACAGCUGCCUGCACCUGUAUGUGAACGGCAUGGACCAGGGGGUGGCCGCCCAAGACAUCCCCAGCCCCUGCUUCCCUCUGCUGGAUCUGUACGGCCAGUGUGAGCAGGUUACCAUAGUUACCAACGAUGUGCCGGCGGUGGGUGGAGACAGCAGCAACCCCCGUUGCCAAGGCGACAUGGAGAAGGCAGACAUGGUAGAUGGUAUCAAAGAGAGCGUGUGCUGGACCCCCCCUCUUGAGGUGAACCCCAUGAAGAUGUGUGAAUACCAGGCGCUGUGCAGCCGCUUCAAAGAUCUGCUCUCCCUGCCAGACGGUUACUUCAAUGAAGACCUCAAGGCUAACCUGUGCUAUUGUGAGUCGUGCCACAAGCUGCGCGGGGACGAGGCAUACUACAAGAGAGGGGAGCCCCCCCGGGACUACGCUGCGCCCUUCGGCUGGUGCUGCUUCUCGCUGAGGAUUAACCCACGCUGUGACGCGGCCAACACCUUCAAGAAGUGGCACAUGGCAUACCACGGUACGAGCGUGGGGGCGCUGCGCAGGACCCUGGACCAGAGCGAGCUCGUUACAGGCAGUGCGUCGAUAUUCUCUGCAGCGCAGACCAAGGGUGACGUGCAGAACGGCUACAGCGAGCCAGAGGAGAACAGCGCCCCCGAGAGAGAGGAGGUGAAAGUGCAGCUCUCCCCGACCAUGCGCUACUCCGGUCUGGACAACUUUGCCCCCAAAGUGCAAUUCAGGGACCCCCGCUCUCUGCGCUGUCACCAUGCCCAGGUAGCCCUGCAGGUGUGUGUGCGUCCUGGCUCCUACAAGAUCGGGGCGCAGAGCCUGGGGCUGAGCGAGGCCCUGGACCCCCGAUUCAGCAACAGCGAGAUCGAGUGGAUCAGCAAGGAGAAGGGGGGCACCCUGCUGUACGGACUCCUGAUCAGGAUAGAGUAGGGGGGGUGGAGGGGGGGGGUAGGAGGGGAGCUUCAGAAACAUCUAGACUGUGUGAAGCUCUAAUGAUCUGGAAAGAGGCACGGACUUCAACCUUCAGAAACAUUGAGACUGUGUGAAGCUCUAAUGAUGUGGAGAGAGGCAUGGACUUCAACCUUCAGAAACAUCGAGACUGUGUGAAGCUCUAAUGAUCUGGAGAGAGGCAUGGACUUCAACCUUCAGAAACAUCGAGACUGUGUGAAGCUCUAAUGAUCUGGAGAGAGGCAUGGACUUCAACCUUCAGAAACAUCUAGACUGUGUGAAGCCCUAAUGAUCUGGAGAGAGGCACGGACUUCAACCUUCAGAAACAUCGAGACUGUGUGAAGCUCUAAUGACCUGGAGAGAGGCACGGACUCACAGCUGAUCUACAGACGCCUCAUGGAGCAGGGAGGCGGAGAGAGGGGGGAGCUAUGAAUCUCAAAACUUCAGGAACAUCGAGAUGGAUCUGGAGAGAGAGGGGAGAGAGGCACAGACUCAGUUUAAUUCCACGUUGUCCAUGUUCUAUCCCUCUCUCUCUCUCCUACAUCCAGUUAUUUGGGGAACUAAAAAUUCCUCCAAAUGAUUUAAAUAAAACUUGGAUUAUUUUUUUUUUUCUGAAAUGCACAAAUUAAUAGUAACGCUUUAGAAUUCUUUUUAAAACUUUUGGAGAAAAAAAUAAAUUAAAUCAAAGACUGAAGAUGUGCAAACUUUGGGACAAACUCUCCACAGCUUUUUUUGGAGUUUGUCGGUGGAGAAGGAGGGCAAGUGGAAGGGCGAUUCGUGAAAUCCAAUCAUCCAGGAGCUAUAAAAUACACUGGUACACUUAGACCUGUUAAAGAAAGCUUUGGAAAUUCAGUGACGGACGUUUUCAAGGUGUUUUUCAGUGUCUUGGUCGAUGAUCUUGCAGCUGGGUGAUGCGGUCUCCCCUGUGCUAAAGUGUGGAGGAUCUCUUCACAGUCUCAUAAUGGGGUGCUGGUUUGGGAUGCACUGUACGCUUGCAUAGGUGUGAAUGGUCUUGUUACAGCAGGUCAAGCAGACAAGCAAUCAUCUAAAACGUGGACAUUUUAGAAGUAAGAAAAAUAUUGAAUUCACGUUGGGGGCGGGGGGGGGGGGGUCAGUUAAAUAAAUAAAUAAAUAAAUAAAUAAAGAAAUGUUAAUUGAAUUGACCCCCAACCCUGAAUACGUCCAGGAACUGUCCCCGCCCCUUUCAGCGGCUUAUUAACCAAUCAGCUGUUUCCCCCUGUUGACCGACGCGCUUUCAAGCCAGUAACGUGACCCAGGAGAUGCUGCUGGGUUGACCUCAGAAAUGCAAGGGGAACAGAUCUCCUCGGAGUCGGGUAUAGAAACUGAGAACUUCCUGUAGGACCAGAUCUGGUUUUAAAAUGAAAACGCGUGUUUCUUUCAAAACUCCACACUCCAGACCAGUGGAGGUGCAACACGUGGAAGAAGGAAUUUUUUUUUUAGACUUUAAACAGUAAGUUUUAUCGCUUGAGGGAGUGGAGUCCACAUCCUCCAGCUGUAGAAGUCUGUGAAUUCAAACUUCAGAGCUGAAAGACUUUGUGAAGCGUUUGUCAUUGAUACCGGAUUGAUGCACAGUCACCUUGACAAGUUAAACCUGUCCGUCCCUGUCUCUCUGAAGUAAUGCACCAUGCAGGGGGGGAGAUUCACCAAGCUUUAAACUCCAGUGCAAGGAAACUGAACGGCUGACACAGAACGGCAGGGGUGAAGCUUUGAUUAAAAUCUCUGCUUUAAAAGCAACUACCUUCAUUUUAAUUGCCCUUUGUGUAUUGUAUAUUAGUUGAUUUUUUUUAUAGUUUGGAUAAUUGUGCAGAUUUGUUUUUUUAGGUGCAGUAAAUUCACUU